UAUAUAUAUUAAUAUAGAUCAUAUUUUAAAGUGAAUAUUAAUAUUGAAAAUAAAAUAUGUCGCGAAAUCAAUUACCGGAUUCUUCUUCCUCUCCACCAAUAAGUCACCUUUCCUUUCAUAAUUUUGAUGACGAUACUUUCAACGAUUUACCAUCUUGCGUUUACGCUGGACAACAUCAUGGCGUUUCUGGUAACGCCGUCGGUGGUGGUAGCUUACGUAUGAAUUCAAAUAACUUAAGACACAUACAGCAACAAUAUUUACAUCAUUCUGAAUCCAUUUUGGACUCAUCCACCAACAUUGGUCUCUCAUCCAGUAGUAACGCCAAUAUGAUGUGCAAUAGCCCAAGCGCAAGCAGCAGUAACGCUGUUUACAAUCCAUCAGCUGCUGCACCAUAUAAAAUACAACGUCAGCAGGCUAACGUACGUGAAAGGAAACGCAUCCAGAGGUCCGCACCAACUGGUAGUAUAAAUUCGGCUUUCGAUGAACUUAGGGUUCAUGUUCCUACUUUUCCCUAUGAGAAACGUUUAAGCAAAAUUGAUACAUUACGUUUGGCCAUUGCUUAUAUAUCGUUGUUACGAGAAGUAUUACAAACCGAAUAUGAUCCAUUAACCUAUGUGGAAAAAUGCUUGCGCGGUGAAAUAAAGGCCGAUCGUGCUAAUUGGAAUACGAGUGAUCUAACAGCUCGUUUAUCUUGGAUAAAUUGGGAAAAUCUUGGUGUACAUCCAGGUCGUCGUACAUUGUUAACAUCUUUAGCGUUGUCUUCGGAACCCAUGUGUGGUGGCCAUUGCGGUGUACCAUAAAUCAUUUAAAAUAACUAUUGUAUUUUUUGUUGUAUAACAACUAAAUCUAGUCUUCCUUUCACUUAUAAUAUAAUAUAUAUUUUAUUUAUUUUUCCUUCAUUUCUUG